UCCCCCUAAUUUCCUCCCUGCCUUCUGCAGCCAUUUUGCACCAGCGGAGUUGAGGGAGAGGUUGGGCUGCAGGGAAUGGAGGGGAGAGGGUAAAGAGUUGCGGAGAGCGAGAGGCAGCCAUGGGAGAUCCAGACUGGUGUGUCUGCUGAGACCGGCUCACUGCAGCAGCUGUCAUCAGCACCAUGGUGAAAAGAAAAAGCUCAGAGGGCCAGGAGCAGGAGAGUGGCCGUGGCAUCCCUCURCCCAUCCAGACCUUCCUAUGGAGGCAAACCAGUGCAUUUUUAAGACCUAAACUGGGGAAACAAUAUGAAGCUUCCUGUGUGUCUUUUGAAAGAGUUUURGUAGAAAACAAGCUGCAUGGCCUUUCUCCAGCUCUCUCUGAAGCCAUCCAGAGCAUUUCUCGCUGGGAACUUGUCCAAGCAGCACUCCCUCAUGUGCUGCACUGCACUGCAACAUUGCUCUCCAACCGGAACAAGCUAGGACAUCAGGAUAAGCUUGGAGUAGCUGAAACAAAGCUUCUUCACACUCUUCACUGGAUGCUGCUGGAGGCUCCUCAGGACUGCAGCAAUGACCGAUUUGGAGGAGACAGAGGCUCCAGCUGGGGAGGGAGCAGYGCCUUUAUCCACCAGGCUGAAAAUCAAGGAUCACCAGGACAUCCCCAGCCCAGCGCCAUGACUGAUGARGAGGAGAAUAACAGAAGGAAGUUCUUCCAGAAUUCCAUGGCCACAGUAGAGCUAUUUGUGUUCCUUUUUGCUCCCCUCGUCCACAGGAUUAAGGAGUCUGACCUGACGUUCCGGUUGGCUAGUGGCCUUGUUAUUUGGCAGCCGAUGUGGGAACACAGGCAGCCUGAAGUUUCUGCCUUCAAUGCUCUUAUAAAACCRAUCAGGAACAUUGUUACAGCCAAGAGAAGUUCUCCCACCAACAAUCAGUGUGUGACUUGUGAAUCCCCUAAUCUGGACAGAGGACGUACGGAGGGACUGCAGGUGGUCUGUGAGACACCACAGCCGGAUUCUGUACCUCCAAAGGCUUCUGUUUCAGCAUGCCAUCCUGGAAAUUCCUUGGAUGGAAGCAUAUCCUCCCAAACCUCUCAGGARAGAGGUUCUGCACAUCCCAGGGUGUCCYUGGUGAUCCCGCCGUGCCAGAAGUCUCGCUAUGCCACGUAUUUCGAUGUGGCAGUGCUGCGCUGCCUGCUGCAGCCGCACUGGUCCGAGGAGGGCACGCAGUGGUCGCUGAUGUACUACCUGCAGAGGCUGAGGCACAUGCUGCAGGAAAAACCCGAGAAAUCGCCCGAGCCGGAGAUCAUCCCUUUGCCAAGGCCUCGCAGCAGCUCCAUGGUGGCUGCUGCGCCCUCUCUGGUGAACACCCACAAAACUCAGGAUCUUACAAUGAAGUGUAACGAGGAAGAGAAAUCGCUAAGCACAGAGGCAUUUUCCAAGGUUUCUCUGACCAACUUGCGUAGACCAGCAGUUCCAGAUCUUUCCACAGACCUGGGGAUGAACAUCUUCAAAAAGUUUAAGAGCCGCAAAGAAGACAGGGAGCGUGAGCGCAAAGGGUCAAUUCCUUUCCACCACACUGGGAAGAAGAGGCAGCGAAGAAUGGGAGUGCCUUUCCUCCUCCAUGAGGAUCACUUGGAUGUSUCACCCACUCGCAGCACUUUCUCCUUUGGCAGUUUCUCUGGAAUUGGAGAGGACCGGCGUGGCAUUGAGAGAGGAGGGUGGCAAACCACCAUAUUAGGAAAGUUUACCAGGAGAGGGAGCUCUGAUACAGCGACGGAGAUGGAGAGUCUGAGCGCCCGGCACUCGCACUCUCACCACACGCUGGUCUCCGAACUGCAGGAACCGUCCAACAGCCAUGGCGAGAACACAGUCAAAGAAGUGCGGUCCCAGAUCUCCACCAUCACUGUGGCAACUUUCAACACUACCCUGGCUUCGUUCAACGUGGGCUACGCCGAUUUCUUCAGUGAGCACAUGAGGAAGCUUUGUAACCAGGUGCCCAUCCCUGAGAUGCCCCACGAGCCACUUGCAUGUGCYAACCUCCCACGGAGCCUGACAGACUCCUGCAUCAAUUACAGUUGCUUGGAGGACACAGAUCACAUUGAUGGCACCAACAACUUUGUCCACAAGAAUGGCAUGCUGGAUCUCUCGGUGGUCCUGAAGGCUGUUUACUUGGUUUUAAACCAUGACAUCAGUUCCCGGAUUUGUGAUGUUGCACUAAACAUUGUGGAGUGCUUACUGCAGCUUGGUGUWGUGCCCUGUGUGGAGAAAGUCCGGAGAAAGAGUGAGAACAAAGAAAACGAGGCUCCUGAAAAGAGAGCAAGUGAAGGAUCCUUCCAGCUCAAAGGGGCUGCUUCAAGUUCAACUGGUGGAUAUGGGCCAGCUCCAAUUAGYGGAGCUGGAAAUGGAGAAGAAGGAGGUGGUGGAGGAGCUGGAGGUGAUGGAGGUGGAAGUGAUGGAGGUGGUGGAGGAGGAGGGCCWUAUGAGAAGAAUGAUAAAAACAAAGAAAAGGAUGAAGGCCCAUCUGUCAGCACCCAUAGGCUGGCACUCACAAUGCUGAUUAAAAUUGUGAAGUCCUUGGGCUGUGCCUAUGGUUGUGGAGAAGGACACCGAGGGCUCUCUGGAGAUCGCCUGAGACACCAGGUAUUCCGGGAGAAUGCCCAGAACUGCCUCACRAAGCUGUACAAACUGGAUAAGAUGCAAUUCCGGCAGACUGUGAAGGAUUAUGUGAAUAAGGAUUCUCUCAAUAACGUGGUGGAUUUCCUGCAUGCUUUACUGGGGUUCUGCAUGGAGCCAGUCACUGACAACAAGGCUGGAUUUGGGAAUAACUUCACCACAGUGGACAACAAGUCUACAGCCCAGAGUGUGGAAGGCAUUAUAGUGAGUGCCAUGUUCAAGUCAUUGAUCACUCGCUGUGCAUCCACUACACAUGAGCUCCACAGUUCAGAAAACCUGGGCUUGUACUGUGAUAUCCGACAGCUGGUGCAGUUUAUCAAGGAGGCUCAUGGGAAUGUAUUUCGGAGAGUGGCACUCAGUGCCCUCUUGGACAGUGCUGAGAAGUUAAUACCAGGAAAAAAGACAGAGGAAACAGAGCAAAACCCCAAACCUUCUGGGAGCAAAAGAUCUGAAGUGGGAAGCAUCAUAAUUGACAAAGUCCAGGCCUCAACUGCCCCUGAUGAAUGCCGAAGYUAUGUCUCAAGCCGCCCAAUGCAGACUCCAGAACAUGAUGAGCAAAUCCAAGGGGCCAAUCUGGGACGCAAGGACUUCUGGCGAAAGAUGUUCAAGUCACAAAGUGCAGCGAGUGAUACCAGCAGUCAGUCUGAGCAGGACACAUCCGAGUGCACCACUGCUCACUCUGGAACCACCACGGACAGGCGCUCCCGCUCGCGGUCCAGACGGAUCUCCCUUCGAAAGAAACUCAAACUUCCCAUAGGGAACUGGCUGAAGCGCUCCUCCCUCUCUGGCCUAGCUGAYGGAGUAGAAGAUCUCCUCGAUAUCAGCUCUGUCGACCGUCUCUCCUUCAUCAGGCAGAGCUCCAAGGUGAAGUUCACCAGCGCAGUGAAGCUCUCGGAAGGAGCGGGGCCGGGAGCAGGCCUGGACAACGGGCGCGAUGAAGAGGAGAAUUUCUUCAAGCGUCUUGGUAAAUGGCGCACCUGCCGAAGACACCCAUCCAAGCUUCAUCACACAGAAGAAAAAGAUGGUUGCCAUAGCUUUGAUGAUCACUUGACCUCCAACCAAGAAGGAGGAAAAUCCAAGAAUGUUGUGAACCUGGGAGCCAUCCGCCAAGGCAUGAAGCGCUUUCAGUUUCUGCUGAACUGCUGUGAACCRGGCACUAUCCCUGAUGCCUCCAUUUUGGCAGCAGCUCUAGAUCUUGAAGCUCCUGUAGUGGCGCGAGCAGCGCUGUUCCUUGAGUGUGCGCGCUUCGUUCACCGCUGUAAUCGUGGCAACUGGCCAGAGUGGAUGAAGGGUCAUCACGUGAAUAUAACUAAGAAAGGCCUGUCCCGUGGUCGUUCUCCUAUUGUUGGCAACAAAAGGAACCAGAAGCUUCAGUGGAAUGCAGCUAAGCUAUUCUACCAGUGGGGAGACGCAAUUGGUGUCCGCCUCAAUGAGCUGUGCCACGCUGAGAGUGAGAGCCCUGCCAACCUGCUGGGCCUCAUUUAUGAUGAGGAAACAAAGAGACGCCUGAGAAAGGAGGAUGAGGAAGAAGACUUUUUAGAUGACAGCACUGUGAAUCCUACCAAAUGCUGUUGCCCUUUUGCACUAAAAAUGGCAGCCUGUCAGCUUCUCUUGGAGAUAACCACGUUCCUUCGAGAGACCUUUCCMUACAUGCCCAGACCGCGGAUGGAACCUCUUGUGGAUCUGGAGAGCUGCAGGCUGCGUCUGGACCCUGAGAUGGACCGACACAGGUACGAUAGAAAGAUCAGCUUUGCUGGAGUUCUGGAUGAAAACGAAGAUUCAAAGGAUUCCCUUCACAGCAGCAGCCACACCCUCAAAUCUGAGGCUGGUUUCGAGGAGAAAAAAGUUCCCAGCAGGAAGAUCAGGAUAGGAGGCUCCCGCUUGCUCCAGAUUAAAGGAACCCGCAGUUUCCGGGUGAAGAAGGGGGGUUCCCUUUCCAGCAUUCGCCGGGCCGGCAGCCUAAAGAGCACCAAGUUAUCACGGCAGGACUCAGAGUCUGAGAAUGAGGAGCUGCAGCUGUCCCACAGCAGGGACACUGUCACUGAUAUAGAAGGGAGCCCCUGGAGUGCGAGUGAGCCCAGCAUUGAACCUGAGGUGCUGAGCAACACAGGCACGGAGGAGAACUACCAUCGGAACAUGUCRUGGCUGCACGUUAUGAUCCUAUUAUGCAACCAGCAAAGUUUCAUAUGUACCCACAUUGAYUACUGUCACCCACACUGCUACCUCCAUCACAGCCGGUCCUGUGCUCGCCUUGUCCGGGCCAUCAAACUCYUGUAUGGAGACACAGUGGACUCCCUGCGAGAAAACAGCACAUUGAAUAAUGUGGCAAGAGGCAAAAAACAAAAGGAGUGCUCAGACAAGUCGUGCUUGAGAACCCCUUCUCUUAAAAAGAGAGUGAUCGAUAUCAACUUGGAAGGGAAGAAGGACUCUGGAAUGCUGAAAUACAUCAGGCACCAGGUAAUGAGCCUCUCCCCUGCCCCUUUGUCACUGCUGAUCAAGGCAGCUCCCAUCCUCACCGAGGAGAUGUACGGGGACAUCCAGCCAGCAGCGUGGGAGCUCCUGCUCAGUGUGGAUGAGCACAUGGCUGGAGCAGCAGCUGCCAUGUUCCUGCUGUGUGCUGUGAAAGUGCCAGAGGCUGUUUCUGACAUGCUGAUGUCCGAAUUUCACCACCCAGAAACAGUGCAAAGACUAAAUGCCAUUCUCAAAUUUCACACACUCUGGAGGUUCAGAUACCAAGUGUGGCCAAGAAUGGAAGAGGGAGCACAGCAGAUCUUUAAGAUACCUCCUCCAAGUAUAAACUUCACUCUGCCUUCUCCUGUGCUGGGGAUGCCAUCUGUGCCAAUGUUUGACCCUCCCUGGGUCCCUCAGUGCAGCGGAAGCGUGCAGGAUCCUAUAAAUGAAGAUCAAUCAAAGUCAUUUUCUGCCCGAGCUGUGUCGCGUUCCCAUCAGAGAGCAGAGCACAUCCUGAAGAACUUGCAGCAGGAGGAGGAGAAGAAACGCCUGGGCCGGGAAGCCAGUCUCAUCACUGCCAUCCCCAUCACUCAGGAAGCCUGCUACGAGCCAUCCUGCACACCAAGCUCAGAGCAGGAAGAGGAAGUAGAAGAAGUUGCCAACCUGGCCUCCCGCCGUCUSUCUGUGAGUCCCUCCUGCACCUCCAGUACAUCUCACAGGAAUUACUCUUUCCGCCGUGGCUCUGUGUGGUCAGUACGCUCUGCAGUCAGUGCAGAAGAYGAAGAACACACUACUGAGCACACUCCAAACCAUCACGUGCCUCAGCCCCCUCAGGCUGUGUUUCCAGCAUGCAUUUGUGCAGCAGUSCUCCCCAUUGUUCAUUUGAUGGAAGAUGGAGAAGUCCGGGAGGAUGGAGUAGCUGUGAGUGCUGUUGCUCAGCAGGUCUUGUGGAACUGCUUGAUUGAAGACCCCUCUACUGUUCUGCGCCACUUUCUUGAGAAGCUGACAAUCAGCAACCGACAGGAUGAGCUGAUGUAUAUGCUAAGGAAGCUUUUGUUGAACAUUGGAGACUUUCCUGCCCAGACAUCUCAUAUCCUCUUUAAUUACUUGGUAGGAUUGAUCAUGUAUUUUGUACGGACUCCGUGUGAAUGGGGCAUGGAUGCCAUUUCUGCCACUCUUACAUUCCUUUGGGAAGUAGUGGGUUAUGUUGAAGGACUUUUCUUCAAAGAUCUCAAGCAGACUAUGAAGAAGGAACAAUGUGAAGUGAAGCUGCUGGUGACUGCCUCAAUGCCAGGCACCAAAACCCUUGUCGUGCAUGGACAGAACGAGUGUGAUAUCCCAACACAGUUACCAGUCCACGAGGACACCCAGUUUGAGGCUCUUCUGAAGGAGUGUUUGGAGUUUUUUAACAUACCUGAAACUCAGUCUUCUAAUUAUUUUUUGAUGGAUAAGCGCUGGAAUCUCAUUCAUUACAACAAGACCUAUGUCCGUGAUAUUUAUCCUUUCCGGAGGUCGGUUUCUCCCCAGCUCAACCUGGUGCAGAUGCAUCCAGAAAAGGGUCAAGAGCUCAUUCAGAAACAGGUAUUCACCCGCAAGCUGGAGGAGGUGGGGCGGGUGCUGUUCCUGAUCUCACUGACACAGAAGAUCCCUCCAGCCCACAAGCAGUCCCAUGUGUCCAUGCUCCAGGAGGACCUCCUCCGCCUGCCUUCSUUCCCCCGAAGUGCCAUUGAUGCUGAGUUCUCACUCUUCAGUGACCCCCAAGCUGGGAAGGAGCUCUUUGGCCUCGAUACUCUUCAGAAGAGCUUGUGGAUUAAGCUGCUGGAAGAGAUGUUCCUUGGCAUGCCCAGCGAGUUCCCGUGGGGGGAUGAGAUCAUGCUGUUCUUGAACGUGUUCAACGGAGCCCUGAUCCUGCACCCUGAGGACAGUGCCCUGCUCAGGCAGUAUGCUGCCACAGUCAUCAACACGGCCGUGCACUUCAACCACCUCUUCUCCCUCAGCGGGUACCAGUGGGUGCUGCCCAGCAUGCUGCAGGUGUACUCUGACUAUGAAAGCAACCCCCAGCUGCGCCAGGCMAUCGAGUUUGCGUGCCGCCAGUUCUACGUCCUGCACCGCAAGCCCUUCAUCCUGCAGCUCUUUGCCAGUGUGGCCCCUCUGCUGGAGUUCCCUGAUGCUGCAAACAAUGGAACCAGCAAAGGAGUGUCAGCUCAGUGCUUGUUUGACCUGCUGCAGUCUUUGGAGGGAGAUACUCCAGAUAUUUUGGAUAUCUUAGAGCUGGUGAAAGCAGAAAAGCCUCUCAAGUCAUUAGACUUCUGCUAUGGGAAUGAAGACCUGACCUUUUCCAUCAGUGAAGCCAUCAAGCUGUGUGUGACAGUGGUGGCUUAUGCUCCUGAGUCAUUCAGAAGCCUCCAGAUGCUGAUGGUCUUGGAAGCACUGGUUCCCUGUUACUUGCAAAAACUGAAGCGACAGACCUCUCAAGCAGAGACUGGAACAGCAGCUCGUGAGGAGAUUGCUUCCAUGGGUGCCCUUGCCACCUCUUUGCAGGCUCUUCUGUACAGUGUAGAAGUUCUCACCAGGCCUAUGACAGCCCCGCAGAUGAGUCGAUGUGACCAAGGUCAUAAAGGGACCACAACUGCAAACCACACCAUGUCAGCAGGUGUGAACACCAGGUACCCAGAACAGGGAGCCAAACUACAUUUUAUCAGGGAGAACCUUCAUUUAUUGGAGGAGGGCCAGGGUCUUCCCCGAGAGGAGCUAGAUGAACGGAUUGCCAGAGAGGAGUUCAGGAGACCACGGGAGUCAUUGCUGAAUAUAUGCACAGAGUUUUACAAACACUGUGGUCCGAGACUGAAGAUUUUGCAGAAYCUGGCUGGUGAGCCCCGAGUGACUUCUCUGGAGCUGCUGGAUGUGAAGUCCCACAUGAGAUUGGCAGAAAUUGCCCAUUCCCUGCUGAAACUGGCUCCUUAUGACACGCAGACGAUGGAGAGCCGAGGGCUGCGGCGCUACAUCAUGGAGAUGCUGCCCAUCACUGACUGGACAGCUGAGGCGGUGAGACCUGCCCUGAUCCUCAUCUUAAAGAGAUUGGAUCGUAUGUUCAAUAAAAUUCACAAGAUGCCUACUCUGAGGCGCCAGGUUGAGUGGGAGCCUGCCAGCAGUUUGAUUGAAGGGGUUUGUUUGACACUUCAGAGGCAGCCUAUCAUAUCCUUCCUGCCUCACCUUAGGUCUCUGAUCAAUGUCUGUGUCAAUCUGGUGAUGGGAGUGGUAGGACCCUCCAGUGUGGCUGACGGAUUACCCCUUCUUCAUCUCAGCCCUUAUCUCUCGCCACCUCUGCCCUUCAGCACAGCUGUUGUCCGGCUUGUAGCAUUGCAGAUACAGGCUUUGAAAGAAGAUUUCCCCCUAAGCCAUGUCGUCUCCCCAUUCACCAAUCAGGAAAGAAGGGAAGGAAUGCUUUUAAACCUACUGAUUCCAUUUGUGCUCACAGUAGGAUCUGGAAGCAAAGACAGCCCCUGGCUGGAGCAGCCUGAGGUCCUGCUGCUGCUCCAGACUGUUAUCAAUAUCCUCCUGCCACCUCGCAUCAUCAGCACUUCCCGCAGCAAGAAUUUUAUGCUGGAGAGCUCCCCUGCCCACUGCUCCACCCCAGGGGAUGCAGGGAAGGACCUGCGGCGGGAAGGGCUUGCAGAGUCCACCAGCCAGGCUGCCUACCUGGCCCUGAAGGUGAUCCUUGUUUGCUUUGAACGCCAGCUGGACAGCCAGUGGUACUGGCUGAGCCUGCAAGUCAAAGAGAUGGCCCUGCGGAAGGUAGGAGGGCUGGCCYUGUGGGAUUUCCUCGACUUCAUCAUACGAACACGGAUCCCUAUCUUUGUGCUCCUUCGGCCCUUCAUCCAGUGCAAGCUGCUGGCCCAGCCAGCUGAGAACCAUGAGGAGCUGACUGCCCGACAGCACAUCUCCGACCAGCUGGAGAGACGCUUCAUCCCACGGCCGCUCUGCAAGAGUUCGCUCAUUGCUGAGUUCAACAACGAGCUCAAGAUCCUGAAGGAGGCCGUGCACAGUGGGUCUGCUUACCAAGGGAAGACAUCUGUCAGCACCAUGGGCACUUCCACCUCUGCUUACCGCCUGAGCCUGGCCACCAUGUCCCGCUCCAACACUGGCACUGGCACAGUCUGGGAGCAGGACAGCGAGCAUUCCCAGCAGGCCUCMCAGGACACGCUCAGCCGCACAGAUGAGGAGGAUGAAGAAAAUGACUCCCUGAGCAUGCCCAGUGUGGUAAGUGAACAAGAAGCAUGCCUUAUGGGUGCCAUUGGGAGGAGGCGGUUCUCCAGCCAUCUCUCCAGCAUGUCUGCACCUCAGGCUGAGGUGGGCAUGUUACCCAGCCAAAGUGAACCUAAUGUCCUCGAUGACUCCCCGAGCCUGGCCACUGAGGGCAGCCUCUCUAGGGUGGCAAGUGUGCAGAGUGAGCCAGGACAGCAGAACCUCCUUCUACAGCAGCCCCUGGGGCGGAAGAGAGGCCUACGGCAGCUUCGACGACCACUGCUGUCACGUCAGAAAACUCAAACUGAGCCUCGGAGCCGUCAYGGAGCUCGACUGUCAACCACAAGACGAAGCAUCCAGCCAAAGCCAAAACCCUGCGCAGAGCAGAAGCGCUCAGUGACGUUCACGGAAGCCCAGCCUGAGGCACCCCCAGCCUGCACCCCAGACCUGCCGGCCCAGCAGCCAGACUGCAGCCACAGCAGUCCCCAGGCCACCAGCCAGCAAGAGACCCUCAGCAAACCUGUGCUGACUUCCUCRCCUGCCAUCGUUGUAGCUGACCUCCACACCCAGAGCAAGGCACUCUCUGCUGAGAAGGAGAAGGAGAAAGAGGAAGGCUUGGAGUCCCGGCCAACAACAGCACAGAGCACCCCACCCACCCAGCUCUCUGACACUGAGGACUAUGCUGGCCUCGAGACCACCAGCUUGCUGCAGCAUGGGGACACUGUCCUGCACAUCAGUGAGGACAAUGGGAUGGAGAAUCCUUUGCUGGCCACUCACUUCACGAGCUUCACACACGUGGAGCUYGGGGAGACCGAUGUCGAUCUAGAUGAAUCUCAUGUUUAACUCUUGGGGAAGUGCAGUAGUGGGGGGAGAAAGGAAACGUGUAUCUUUCAAGUUCCCUGCUAAAUAAUAACUAAUUAAACAAAGAGCACUUUAUUAUCCAAAAGUAGGAAAUAGCUAUCAGCCAGUUGCUAUAGACUGGCAAAUUUCUGUUUGUGUGAUCUAUUUCAGUUCAGUUCAGUUCUUGCCACGUGUAUAGGCAAGAGUGGUCCAUAGAGCCCUGAUCUGGCAGCUAAUUACUGUGAUCAGCAGCCUCAUUGGSUAAUGGGCUGUUGGACUGUGGAGACAGAGAAGCCUCUUCUGAGACUGUGCCCAAAACUUAUUUUUGUAGGUUUUUGARAGGAGGGCUAUAUUGCAGCUGAAUCCAAGGCUCUUACAAAACAGUGAAAACACUGACAGGAAGUAACAAAUCCAAAGCCUGUUUUUCACAAGCCUGGGUCCACUGUUUCUAAAUUGCAGAGCAUCAACAAGCACCAUGAAGCAAGCAGACUUUAAAAAUUUUCUGGCACUGCAGGCUUUGGUUGAGUUUACUUUUGUCUGUUAGUUCCAUUCUACUCUGUAAAAUACUGCCUUUUGUGCUACAAAAAUACUUGCUCAGUAAAACUAAAUACAGUGCAUACCAUACGCAGGAAUGCACGUGCUGAGCAGACACAGAUGGGCAGGGAUUGGGUGGUCUGCAGUUGGUAUAAGUAGCCCACACUGUCCUGCUUUAAUGUACUGAGCUAUUCAUCUCCACAGCUUAAAAAAAAAUACCCUAAGAGACUGCAUCUGGAAUGCAUGGACCUCCUGGUCCCAAGCAACUGCYCCACUGAUGCUGUUGGAUGUACUUGGAGAGAUUUAAAGUAAAUAUUUAUAUAUAACAUUUUCAUGUUCCUAUAUAUAUAUAUAUAUAUUGUAAAAAGAGGUGGAUAUUGCAGGGCAGAAACUUGAUGAAAGAAUCUAUUUUUUGCAUGCUGAGAUUGUAUUUUAAAAGGUUCCAUUUUAUGUACGUAAUGUUCAUGGCUGCAAGUAUCAGAUAAAUGUAUGUAACAUUUCUAGAAGGUGGAGAUCCCUGGGGGGAUCAGCUGAAGUCAUAGCUGAGUUAUGAGUUUUGCUGCAGCAUCAUGGAAUUGCACUGAAUUGUGAAUUCAGCCAUUAGCUGCUGACGGGCAAAGUGCAAAAUAGCUGUGAAACAAACCAUGAAAUCAUCAGCAAUGCCCAAAGGUACCCUUGGGAAUCAUACACUACCUUUUUUGGCUCACGUUAGACGAACUGGAGUUUAUAAUCAUGUCAUUAUUGUGCAGAAGAAAACGCUCUGGAUCAUCCAGAGUAUCUAAAAUGUGUUAAUUACCACUUUUGCUCCUGAGGACUUGCAAUUUGGACACACACAUCAGAAACGAGCCUUACUAAGGAGGGAAUUUACAUCUUUCUAGCCAUCUCCAAAGAAAGAACUCACAGCUCUCCUCACCAGCUCUGAAAUAGCUAUUGAAGUCCUAUCCUACAAAUGGCUGYCUUGCUGCUGUAGUGCAGCACACAGGUUUUCUUGGGGCUUAGAAAAUUACCCAUACACCUGACAGCAAGUUUCAGCCUGAGAAGCCCACGGAGCCUUAGGCAGCGCUGCGUGGCAUUUGCCAAAUGCUCUCAUUUGACAGGAGCUGUGCACACCAAUGUGGGCAGGGAACUCAYCCACAUUAGACCUCUGAAGAGAGCAAAAACCAUCUUUCUCCCAGGUGCUGAGUAUGCUCUGCUCUCACUCUGUUGGUGAGAGAUGGAGAAUCUCAGCACCUCUUGGGAACAGCAGGGCAGAAGAAGCUAUUUUUAUAGUGCACUGCCUAUAUCCCCAUAUAUGUGGGGCGGUAUAAUGUACAGGUGGUACUCUUACACAGCUCCAAAGGGUACCUGUAYUUGUAAGAGAGGUGUUUAGGUGGAGAUAACAGUGUCCUGACGGAUAUCCUGGACAACAAACUGCUUCCUYUGCUGACCAAAAUAUGCUGUACUGCUUCUUAUCUCCCUGGUGCACUGGAACUAGUGCCAGCUACCUAYAGGAUGCUGCUUUGGAUUAGCUCCKAGCUCCGAGGUCACUUCAAGAAUUGCUGAAUUCCAGAUGCUAARUUUUUUUUAUUAAUGUUGAUGCACAAAUGAGAAAAAAAAAACCUCACAGCUUCACUCUCAAGUCCCAAGGUASGCUUGGUCAGUAGCCAUCAGAGGGUGAGGAGAGCUUCAGACAUGAGCUGAGUAAGUAGCUGGGGCACAACACAUACAGAAUUCAUGGCACAAUUUAUAGUGACCUUUUCUGCUGAAAACGAGAAGGAAGCAUCUUCUUUAAUGAAAAGCAGAGGCCUUCCUAGAGUACUCUACUCUAGAGAUGACUAAAUAACUGUGAUUUACUUCAUUUACUGUAG